AGAAGAACGUCUCCUUCCGAGUUCUUCAUUGGUCCAUUAAUAUUCACGCGAGAUGGCCACUUCGAGUUGUCUCGAUGUGCGUAUUUAUCAACGUGCGUAAAUAAACAGAUUUAAUUAAUGUACGUGGCUACACGUCUUCUUCAGUUUUGCGAACAUGGUGAAAUGCGUGGUAAAAGAAUGCCAGAACCAAAGCGAUUUAAUGCCGGGGGAGGUACCAAAUCGCCCCCGAAAACGAUUUUUCAGUUUUCCCACAGAUAAGGCCCGCAUCAAAGUGUGGCUCGCCGCUUUACGGGAAUCGGACCGGUUGCCCACGGAUAAAUACCAGAUAUGUGAGGAUCAUUUUCUGACCGAACACAUCACACCUACUGGUAUAAACCCCGACGCGGUUCCUAUCAUGCCUCCGUUAGAAGGAUCGCUGAGCACAGGCGGAUGUAACUCACCUGAUGAGCACGAAGAACACUCGGACCUACCUGAAGUGGUUACUGAAGUUGCUGCUGCUGCUGCUGCUGAUGAUGAUUGUGAUGACGACGACGAUGAUUAUGAUGAGAAUGAAGAGGGCGAGGAUGAAGACUGUGAUAAUACAGAAGAUGGCCCCCUGUGUAUGGAUAAUGAAGCAGAGCAGGAAUGGCUUGCUAGACUUCAUGAAACUCUCAACAGUUCCAUGGGACAAAAACAUGGUCCAGCAAGGCAAGGGCUUUCUGAUCGCGCUGAAGUAACACUCGGGCGGCUUACCAAGCGCUUCAUGGAUCUGCUUCAUUCUGCUCCAGAAGGAAUUCUCGACCUUAACGAGGCAUCACAAAAACUAGGGACACGCAAGAGGAGGGUCUAUGACAUCACAAAUGUGCUAGAUGGGAUUAAACUCAUCACAAAGAAGUCAAAAAAUAAGAUCCAGUGGGUGGGCCCGACUCCCAUUAGUUGUUUCAAAGGCCAGUGGAAGACCAAGGUAAAGCUUGAUCUGCUAAACCUGAAGACCAUGGAGGAGGCUCUGGACUGGCUCAUCAAAGACUGUGCUCAACAGCUCUUUGCCCUGACGGACCUCAAAGAGAAUGCUAACUCUGCUUAUGUGACAUACGAAGAUAUCUGUCAGAUCGGAGCCUUCCAUGAUCAGACUGUGAUAGCCAUCAAAGCCCCAGAGGAGACCAAACUGGAGGUGCCUACACCCACUGAGGACUGUAUCCAGGUCCACCUCAAGGGCUGCAGAGGCCCCAUUCAUGUGCUGACGUGUGAGACAGACGGGCCUGGUGGCGGGGCCCCGGAGCAGCCGAGGAGAGGCCAUUUCCUUACACUAGAGGAGAGCAGGAUCACGACCGCACCGCUCACAGAUGUUCCAUCUGCACCUGCUGCUGUACGGAGUGCCUAAGGGUCCAAACCAUAAAACUUAUUUUCUAAUUCCGUGGAACAGCCUGUCCAAAAGGAGUACACUGGUUUGAUGAAGUGACAAUGCUGUAAAUGCAUUCACAAAAGAACUGGUUGGAGAGCCGCUGCUCUUCGAAGGUAAAGUCGGGUGACCACAACAAGUUCCAAGUUUUAUUUUUAUACGCAUUAAUCUGAUCUCACUAAAACUUGCUAAGUUGUCUCUUUUUUUAAAGGCACAUUCUUUUUUCUUUUUUUUUGUUUAUCUCUUUGUACUGCUCGGGAUAGUUAGUAAAGGAAGUAAAUGAAAUGUGUAAAAUGGUAAAUAUGAAAAUGUGUAAAUAUCAGCAGCUAGCUCUGUGUAUAGUGUGAUGACUAACAAGGAAAGCUGCAAGUUCAUACAACAAAAGUCCUUAUUUUUAUAUGCUACAUUAAAUCAGGAUUGGUUUGAAAAAUCCAUUAAAAUGCACAUCAUUUGACAAAGAAA